UGCAGUCAAACACUGGAGCUGAAUGUCAACAUUAAAGAUGAAGAAGAGGUUUCUCAUGGACUAGAAUUAAGUCUGAGGCCGGUAACAUCAACAGUGAGGACAAACCCAGCCUGCCUCUCUCCUUCCACACUGAGUCCAAACCCACACUCACUGGGUCCUGAUUGUUACAGUGGAGCCCAGUUUGCACUGCAGGAUCCAGAGAUGGCAUCAGUGAAGCUGGAAGACUGCAGUCAAACACUGGAGCUGAAUGUCAACAUUAAAGAUGAAGAAGAGGAGGAGAAGAUUGGAACAUGUGUUUCUCGUGGAGACCAUGUUGAGACAUUCUCUACAUCCAGAGAGCAACAGCAGGAAGAUCACAGACCUAAGAGGUCUCACCACUGCCCACAUUGUAAAGAGAUUUUCCCAAUUCUUUCAAAGCUAAAAAUACACCAAAAAAUUCACACAGUUGAGAAUCUGUAUUCCUGUACUGACUGUGGGAAGAAUUUCACAACAUCAAAGGCUCUGACAGGUCAUCAGAGAGUGCACACAGGAGAGAAGCCUUACUCCUGCUCUGACUGUGGGGCGAGUUUCUCUCAACUGGGCACCUUAAAACAACAUGAACGUUUUCACAAAGGCUCUGACUGUGGAAAGAGUUUUUCUCAACUGGGCUACUUAAAAACACAUGAAUGUGUCCAUACAGGAGUGAAGCUUUACUCCUGCUCUGACUGUGGAAAGACUUUCUCUCAACUGGGCCACUUAAAAACACAUGAACGGAUACAUACAGGAGAGAAGCCUUACUCCUGCUCAGACUGUGUAAAACGCUUCACAACAGCAUCUCAGCUAAAAGUUCAUCAUAGAACACACACAGGAGAGAAGCCUUAUUCUUGCUCUGACUGUGGGGCGACUUUCUCUCAACUGGGCACCUUAAAAACACAUGAACGGAUACAUACAGGAGAGAAGCCUUACUCCUGCUCAGACUGUGUAAAACGCUUCACAACAGCAUCUCAGCUAAAAGGUCAUCAGAGAACACACACAGGAGAGAGGCCUUACUCCUGCUCUGACUGUGGAAAGGGUUUUUCUCGACUGGACUACCUGAAAACUCAUGAACAUAUACAUACAUGUACAUAGGUAGCCUAGUGGUUAGCGCAUUGGGCCAUUAACUGAAAGGUUGCUGGAUCGAAUCUCCGAGCGACCAAAGGACAAUAAAUCCACAACGGAGGCUUACUCCCCACUAAACAAUGAGACAGACAUGGCGGGAGGCACAUGCAACAAUGUGACACUUACAGAACUUACCCGGGCUUUGGGGGAGCUACGUGUUGCUAUAGCUGAGGAUCUUAAGGCCACUAUUGCUGAACUGGACACC